AAAAGAAUCUUCUGAAGAAAAGGAUAUUAAUCAGGUGAAUAAGUUGCCCUCAAAAUCAUCUAAAGAUGAUGAAAAGCAAGAAGCUUCCAGACCUCAGACUAGAGAAGAGGUCAGAAGAGCCAAGUCUUUGAGUCCAGAUAAAAAGGAAACCAAAAGUAGCAGCAAAAAAAUAGAUAAAAAAGGUAUAGUUGUACAGAAGAAAUCCAUCAAAAGUAGUGAGAAAUACCCAAAAACUGAUAAAGAUCCAGCUGGAGAAGCUUUAAAAGAGAAUAAGGUUUCAGUGUCUGAUACAAAAGACUGUGUGUCAAAGAAAAAAGCAUCUGGACAGAAGCAGAAAAAUAAAAAAGUAGACAAACCAAAAGCAACAGAAGAAACUGUAAAAGUAAACAAACAGAAUAAUCUUGAGUUAAUUAUAACAAAUGAUUCAAAAAAAAAGAAAAUCUUGGACGAAGAAAAAGGAAAAUUAUAGAUUCUGACAGUUCUUUGAAGAACGUUAAAAAAAUGAAAAAGGAAGAAGCAUCAUUAGAAAAAUGUAAAAUAGGAGAUGAACCAGAACCGGAUGGUGUUAAAAAGCAAGAAUUGAAACUUGCUAUUGGUGACAAGGUGAAAGUAAGAUAUGGGCGAGGCAAACAACAUAAAACAUAUGAAGCCAAAAUAAUCAAAGUUGGAAAAUCUAUUGGUGAAGCUCGCUUCUAUGUUCAUUAUACAGGGUGGAAUGGAAGGUAUGAUGAGUGGGUCAAAAGAAGAUAUAUUGUUGGAAAGAUCCCCGAAAAGACCACCAGCACUAAGAACAAGCUAAAAGAAGGCUUUUUGAAAAGGAUAAAAAGUAUGAGAAAGGUUUUAUCAAGAGAAAAAGUUUCAAAGUUAUCUGUUUCUGGAAAAGAAACAAAGUCAAAUUAUGUGGAAGCCCAGCAAUCCGUAGAUGAUGUUGAUGAACAAGCAGUUCAGGAUUUGUCAUCAGAUGCACAGAGAAGUAUCAGAUCUGUACAGUCUGGCCAAACCAGAAGACCCUUUACACGCAGUAGGUCUGAACUGUCUAUUUCAUCUUUAACUGAUUUGACUGAUCCUUCUUUUGAUGGGUGUGAAACUGAGGUAUUUGGUGAAAUGAUGAAGAAGCAGAAAGAUCAAGAAGAUUCAAAUGAACAAGUUGAAAUAGAAGAUGAAGAAGCACAAGAUAGUAACAAGUUCACCAAUUCAGAUGAAAAUAUUUUAUACAAUAACCUAGAAGCAAGCAUAGAGAAAACAAGUAGUAUAAAAGGUGAAAAAAUAAAAAUGGUCACUAUAGAUAAAAAGAUAGAAUUUCAACAUCGUUCUGCUAAGGAGAAGAUGGACAGUGAAGAAGAAAAAAGAAAUAACUCAGACCCCUUCAGUAAAGAAAUUAAAACUAAUGCAAAUGAAAAAAAGGAUUUUCCAGAUCUUUUACCCAAAGAAAUAGAAGUUGGUGAAAUAGAAAAAAUUCAAAGCCAAAUUUGUAAAUCUGAUGAUAAGUCACACAUUGAGAAAAGCAGAGAAGAUGAGUUACAAACUGCACCAUUGUGUGAGGACUCAAGCAUAUUGCUUGAGGAUGCCAAAUUGGAUAUUGAAUCUCAAGUUACAACAACAUGUGAUUUAGACUCUGAUAAUAAAAAUAACUUGACAUUUAUUGAAGAAAAAGGAGGUGUCUUUUUCUGUGGAAAUAACAACACAGAAAUGAAUCUUCCAAAAGAAGGAAAAGUUUCUCCCAGUUUUUUCACUGAAGAGUGCGUGAAGGUUCCAAAAAACCCCUUAAACAUUGAAACAAAAAAGAGUGAACAACUAGUAAAUAAAAAAACUGGCUUUCAGACUAUUGUUUUAAAAACAGAAGUGGAAGAUGUUGAUAAUCCGGCUCUGGCUAUUGAAAAUCAUGAACCAGAUGAUCUGAAGAAUGAAAUUAUGAUCCAUCCUCAAGAUGAAACCCUUCAUAAGCAGUCGGAGGCUGUGUCUUCAAAACUGAACUGUGAGGAACAUUGUGGAAGUGAGUCACUUCAAGAAACUAUGAGUGAUUCUAUUAAACAAGAUAUUGAUGGUCUACAUAUUAAGCCUAUCUUAGUAGACAAAGUAAACAAGGAAGAAAUAACUCUUGACAGUGUGCUGACUACAAAAAACUUAGUUAGCUGUCCUGACAUAGAAAUGCAGAGAAAUGAGUUACUAGUUUCGAAUGGUGCAGUUAGUCAUGGAGAUUAUUUUGAUAAGAGUACUGUGGUGAGACCAAAAAAUACAGAAGAGGUGCACCUUGAUGAAUUGGAUAUUAAAAAGAAAAUCGGGUUGGAAACGAAGAGCUUUGAAAAUACAGAAAAAAGCUGUGAUAAACCAAAAGAAAAUUGCUUGACUGAGGGAGUUGCAGAAAAUUCCCAUGAAUUUUGUGUAUCUACUACAAGAAAAGAGAGUAAGAAAAAGAAAACAAAACUUUCAAAACAAGUUAAAAAAAAUAUGUCAUUGUUGAAUUCAUUAGAAAUGAAAUGCAAAGGAAAAGGAAAAACAAAAAAGAAUGCCGAUGGAGAGGACAUUGAGUAUAAGAACAUGCAGGUAAAACCCAAAUCAAAGAAACUAAAAGAAAAAAAAAGGUUAAAGAAGGAAAGUCUGAUAAUUGUGAUAUAAAAACAGAAGAGAAAGAGUGCUUGCCUUGUGUGUAUAAAUUUGUGGAUGGUGCCAGAGAGUUGCCUACAACUGAUAAUAUAGAGACAGGAGGAGAAAAAUCUAAAAAGAAAGAUAAAA